AUGGCGUUGAUAAAUGGAAGUUCGUUCACAACAAAGGAUAAUGACCAUGAUGGAAAGCCCACCGGCAACUGUGCCGUUGAAUGUGGCGGAGCAUGGUGGUACCACCAAUGUUCACGUGCGAAUCUGAAUGGCAAGUACAGAACAGACAAUGGCGACUCCAAUGAUUCCAUGUCCUGGAAAUACUUCUUUGCCAACCGAAAACAGACGGCGGACUCGAUUUGCAAGAACUGUCCGCCAUUAACGACUUCGAAGUUUUUCUAUAACUGUAAAUUGUUUGGCAUGAGGGGCCAUGACGAACACCAUGCACUUGAGUGUGAUCAGUUCAUCAUUGGAGAAGACUCUAAAGGAAAGUACUUCGUGUUUGUGGGAAGAGCUUCGAAGACAUUCAAAGGAGGACUCGCGCAGCGAGAGAUCGACAUAAAGAAUAUCAUACACUACAGUAACCAAGGUGAACGCUGCAUAGUCGAUUUGUAUGAGCUAAAGUACCUGCAGGUCCUAGUCUCUGGGAAAUUCUACAGGCGCGCAUUACCUGGCACACCUCCGAGGUUUGGGAACCAACCGGAAGGAGUUAAUAAACUGAGAAAUCUUAUGAAAAUAAUUUGUGCACGCGCGGGAUUAAGUGGAAAUUAUACCAAUCAUUCGGGAAAACGCACAUGCGCAACACAACUCUACAUCGCCGGGGUUGAUGAGCAGGAGAUCAUGAAGAGAACUGGACAUAUGUCAGAAAAGGCUGUGAGAAAAUACAAGUCAGCUGACGAAUCGGUGUUACGCAAAGUAUCCUCAGUGUUAGAUCCUCCACAGAAAAGAAAAUGUCCCGAAAACAAAACUCACCAAGAAGAGCCCACUGCCAAACGUGCUACAGUGCCUCUCAGUGAUAUAAGUAAUCUCCCGACAGGAAGUCUUUUUAACAACUGUCAAGUUACUUUUAAUGUCGGAAACAAGUGACCUUUUAAACGAUUUUUGAAGACGUGGCAUAGUGACAUUAGUGUUUAUGAUUUUUAAGAAGACAUCGGGUAUAGUCUUAUAACCUUUAAAUUGUUUGUUUAUAAUUUUGUAAAAAAUAUUACAUGUAUUAAAAAUGAAAUAAACAGAUUUUUUGUUUGUUUUUCAAAGUGAACAGUGUUGAAAUUUGCAUCUUGAUUGUAGCGAUUUUUCUCUGGGACAUGACUGUUAAUCGAUACAUAAACAUUGUUUCAGUCUAACUG